GCAGUGGUGCCUCGGAUGUCAGCGCGCCAGCAGUGUGAAUCAGUCCGCCGGUUGUGAUUUUGGAGGAGACGAGGAGUCUCUGGGCGCCGAAGAAUCGCGCUGUUUCUUUCCCAAGAGGAAACCGUUUCACACCGCGCGCACCCGACAUCGGCAACAACGGGACCAUGAAGGCAACGGCAACAUUGCCACCAGCGGCUCGAAGCAAAGUUCCAGACGGGCAGCGUAGCGUCACCGUCAGCGUAGCUGCCUGACGCCUGGCUUCACGCUAACUGGCACCGAUGCCCAGCGGUCCAGAUGCAGUACAUUGCUCUCGUGCUCAGCAUCGUCGGAGCUGUCCUGUUCCUGGCGCUUCUCCUGGCGGCUCUUUGCAGCUAUUACUGGAUCUCGAAGAAGCACUACCCGUGCGCGUGGUCCGCCACGUCGGACGUCAAGUCGGACGUGUACUACAAAAAGACGACGGACUGGAAGUUCGUUCCGAACGGAACUGUGCCGGACCCCGAAGAAGGCGUGUCCAACGACAACGACGAACCGUUGCUCAGUUCGCUCGUGUUGGACGAAGGUGCCGGCAGUGCGCGCACUCCCAAGUGUGACAAGAAAAAGAACGGGUUUUCUGCCGACAAAAGAUGCGACGAAGAGAAGAACUCUACGAGUCAUGGUCCGCGGAAGUGCAGGACUUCACUAGCGUGAGUUUUGUUGCGCGGUACUUGAGUGCGACGAAAGUUGCGUUGGUGGACUCCAAGUGUGCUAGUCUCGUUGAGCACCUCGGUAUUGGAAUGCUCGUCAUACCUCGUUUUCGGGAAUCAUCUAGUUUUCGAGUAAUAUCCCCGUGGUCGACGCGUGGUUACGUACCGGAGAGCUUCAAGUGUCAUUCACAUUGGCGCGUACCGUUUAAUAGAAGGCAUAUCGCGUCUAAAGAAUGGCGAAGAACCAAGUCCAUAAUCGCAAUCGCGCUCUCGUAAAA